AUGUUUGGAUUACUAGUCUUAGAUGCUUACAAUGGAUAAAUGAUUUUUUCAGGGAUAGGAGAAACCUAAUCUUACGAUGAAAUCCCAAAUUAUGGGGCUUUAAUGGAUAAAAACAACAGUAUUUUUGUGAUUUACUAAACUCAGACUACAUAGUAAGUUAUCAUUCAGAAAUUUUCAUUCGAUCUUAAACAUACUAUUUGGAAGCAACUCCUACUAUCAUCAGGUAAGCCAAGUGUUAUAAGGUAUAGAGAUUCAGAUGAGUAAAUUUUCGCUCUUGCAGAUUACUAUUAUUCUAAAACCAGUUCAUAUUAGAGAAGCUUUAGUUUAAUUAAAAUUGAUUCUUAGAACGCUUCAUCUAAAUUCUGGAAUAUUGAAUUUACACUACCAGAUUUCAAAAAUGCAAAAACUUAUGAUUUAAGAGUAGAGGGUAAAUAUGCUGCAGGAUGUUUUUAUUCAAACUAAGUAGGUGGAUAUAUCGCUUUUAAUGAAGCUACUUCUCAAUAUUAACUUAGGCAUUUUUCACACUCAGCAGGAUUCCUGUGUUUAGGAAUAUAUCUUAUGCCUAAUUCUUCAUUAGCUUUUUUUUACCGCCUUCUAAAUUCUGGUGUCCAAUUUAGAUAUUGGAUAACCUUUGAUCCAUUCGGUGAGCCCAAUAAUGACUUUGACCUAAAGACAUUUGACUACUCUAAACUAUAUCCAAGUUCUUAUCAGUUUUAAUAUUUUAAAUCAGUUGGUUGGAUGAAUUUCUAUUUCAUCGGUAAUGAUGGAAUUUCAAGAACCAAAGGAUUUAUUGAAUCUAAUUUCCCUUAAUAAACAUGCAGGACUCCUCCAUUAUUAACUUCAUUAGGUCCAAGGACUAAACUUAACCCCAAACCUACAAUGAAUACAUCAUCUAAAACAGGGGUAAGCAAUGGAUUUACCAAUAUGGUAAUAUAAAUAUUUACAGUUGAUACUACAAAAAAUAUUCUUACACCAAAUGGUUACUGCAAACAGCCUGUUAUUGUGAGUAUUUAAAAUCCAACAUCUUAUAAUUCAUCUAUUAUAUGCUAAGUGAAUCAACCUUGCAAUGUAGUUAUAGGGAAAUAUUAUUCGCCUUAAAACUGCACUGAUGCUCCUAAGAUUUAAUAUUCAAUGAUAGAUACUUCAAAUGAAAGUUUUCCUAUUUUCUAUCAGCAAGCUAUGAAUGCUGAUUAAAUCAAUAUAACAUUUAACCCAGGUUAUCAAUUUAUCGGUAAUAGAAAAUAUAAGAUCAUUGCUUAGAUGCUCAUUAAUGGAUCUGUUUAUACAGAAAAUACUGAUGUCAUAUUCAAUAUCACCGUUUAUGAUAUUUGUCAAACAAGUUUUCAAUUCAUUAAUACUCCUUUUGUAUAAGAUUAUUACUACUUAAUUGGAGGUUCAACAAUUUUAAUUUAGUUUGAAUAAGUAUCCUGGACUCCUGCUCACUGUGCCAAUGAAAUUAUUUUUACCAGCAAUCUUCCUGAGUUUAUUAUUUUAAAUAGCAGAACUUGA